GCGAGAUGAUUAAAACGAAAAUCGGUAGCAAAUGGUUCACCUAAAUGUAGCUGCAGUUAAACCAACAAGCUCAAAGUGAAGAUUGCCACUGACAGACUGAGAUGAUGGACUAAGCUCUUGCUCAUAUAUGGAAGAGAGACUGGGUUGAAGGGAGCGGUACAUGCCAGUUGACAGCCGGGAUCACUGAAGUGUAGGAGUGUACAUAGAAUCUAAAGUUACAUCAUGUCGGAGAAACAACUCUCACGUUCUGUUACAACCAAAAAGAGAGUGGAUGAAUCAUUGGCUCAUAUGAGAAAAGGCACCAAGCUGACUAAAGUUAGGAAGAGUCGCCAAUAUGAGCGUCGUUUCAGCAUUGAUUCAGAUAAUGUCGCGCUCCGUUAUGAUGAUUCCAAAAAGAUUGUUUGGCUUCGGAGAUUGUUGCGUAAGGGAGAUGACAUGAGCAAAGUUUAUAUUGGAGACAUCCGAGAAGUAAGGGAGGGUUUCUCUACAGACAAUUUGGGCAAAGUUGCAGAGAACCUUGGUCUAAAGGAGGACCAAUGUUUCUCUAUCAUAGUAGGUUCCCAGCACAAGUCCCUUGACCUGGUAGAGAACUCUAAGCAGGGCAGAGAUGACUGGGUACAUGGGCUUAGGUACCUCAUCAGGAAGCACAAGGACCUGGCACUGCACAAACAGCAAGAUUUAUGGCUGCGAAAAAUGUUUGAAUUUGCUGAUAAAGAUCAAAGUGGUGCCCUAGAAUUAGGAGAAAUUGUCCGUCUGCUAAAACACCUCAAUAUAGAUGUCACUACUGAGGAGGCUAAAACUGUAUUUAUGAAAGCAGACACAAACAAACAUAAUACCAAUGAGAAGGGUGAGGCUACACUGGAUAUGGAAGAGUUCGUCAAUUUUCAUAAAAUUAUAACAAAAAGACCAGAGGUGGAACAAGUGUUUAAACUCUAUACAAUAGACAACGAUUAUCUUGAUCCUGAGGAAAUGUAUGAGUUCUUCAAAGUAGAACAAGAGAGAGAUGAUAUUACUAUAGAGGAGUGCAAAGAUUACAUACAGCGAUAUGAAGCAUGUCCUGAUGCUAAGGAACAAUCUAAGCUUAGUCUUGAUGGAUUCAGGACGAUGCUAAACUCUCAAACGCACGCUUUGUUCAAUUCACAACACACAGUGGUAUACCAAGACAUGACACAGCCCCUAAACCAUUACUUCAUAGACUCAUCACAUAACACAUACCUACUAGAGGACCAGAUCGUUGGCCCAAGUUCUGUGGAAGCCUAUGUUAGAGCCCUACAGAAAGGAUGCAGAUGUGUGGAGUUGGAUUGUUGGGAUGGUCCAGAUAAUGAGCCAGUUAUCUAUCAUGGUUACACACUGACAUCAAAAAUACUCUUCAAAGAUGUCAUCUCUGCAAUAGAUAUAUACGCAUUUAAAGCCUCACAUUUUCCAGUGAUCCUUUCCAUAGAGAACCACUGCUCUGUGGAUCAACAGAAGGUCAUGGCAAGACACAUGAUAGAGAUAUUUGGAGAUAAACUCUUCCGCACUCCACUAGAGGAUGACACGGCUGAGCUGCCCUCUCCAUUUGCUCUUAAAGGAAAGAUUCUUAUCAAGGCCAAAAAGCUGCCACCCCAAGCAUCAGAAGAUGAUGACAUGUCAGAAGAAGAUGAGGCAGCAGAGAUGGAAGAUGAGAGAGUCAAACAAGAGAAAGUGAAGGCUGGGAACAAAAACCACAAAGUUAAGAUAGCAAGGGAGCUUUCAGAUCUCGUCAUUUGUCACCAGAGCGUUCAUUUUAAAUCAUUUGAGCACACAAAAGAAAACUAUACCCCCGCCCAGAUGUCCAGUUUCUCAGAAAACAAAGCAUUUGACCUGGUGGACAAUGAACCCUCAGCUUAUGUGAGACACAAUACAUUCCAGAUCAGCAGGAUAUACCCCUCUGGUCUCAGAACAGACUCCAGCAACUAUGACCCUGUGCCAAUGUGGAACACAGGGUGUUCUAUAGUUGCCUUAAACUACCAGACCCCGGAUGACUCGAUGCAGAUUAACAUGGGAAAGUUCCGCGACAAUGGAGGAUGUGGUUACAUCCUAAAACCAGAUUUUCUACUCACUGCUAAACUUCCAUCCGGUAUAUCCUUCAACCCUAAUGGUCCAUUUCCUGAUGAAUGGAAACGCAAAAUACAGAUCACAGUUAUUAGUGGUUAUAUGCUACCUAAACCUAAAGGUGCAGGAAAGAAUGAAAUCAUUGACCCAUAUGUGAAGAUUGAAAUAGAGGGUGUACCAAUGGACAAACAGAAUGCAAAGACAGCCAUCGUAGACAAUAAUGGCUUCCUCCCAAUGUGGAAUGAAUCGUUCAACUUCAAUGUAAAUUGUCCUGAUCUUGCACUCAUCCGCUUCCUCGUCAAGGACAACCAAGUGAUGUCUAAGAAUGAUCUGAUUGGUCAGACAUGUAUACCAUUUAACAGCAUCCAACCAGGGUAUCGUUACAUAAAUCUCAUGACAGAAACUGGAGAUUUGAUCAAUGAGCGAAGCUUUACUGCAGCUACAUUGUUUGUGCGUAUAAAACUAAGAACUGGAAACUGGCGACGAUUGUCAGUUAAACGUCGAAUAUCAUUGAGAAAGCAAUAUAAUAAACCACCAGUAGAUGACACCAAAUUAUCUGUAAGGACUGUCGUCAAAAAGAAAAUCAAGGAAUUAUCGCCAAUUAAACGUCGUCCACAUACCAAUGAACAUUUUACGUUUGAUCUUGGUGAUGAUGAGCAGCCCAAAGGUCACGAACCUUAUGAAAUUAGAUCAAAAAACAUUUCUCUUAUUGUGACAUCAUAA